AAAGAUUAUAUUGAAAACAACACUUAUUGAGUUGAAUGAAUAAAUUUGUUAUUAAAAUUACGAAAAUUGCAUGGAAAUUAACAACGGUUAAAUGAUAUGAUAUCCUUUAUCUAGACCAAUUGAUGUUAAACUGAUUUUUAAUGAAAUUACCUAUUUAAAGAGCUUAUAUGUAUUUUGUUUUCAGUCUGAUCUAGACCAAUAUAAAAUAGACUCUUUAUCUUAUUUUUAAAAAGGUUGUUGUGACCUUGAAUUUAGUUAACCAUUGUUUAGAUAAACUGUUGAUAUGAUUAUAUUCAAGUCAGAGUAGACCUAAUCUUAUCUAGAGGCUAUUAAACCAGAUCUAGGCUUCAUUGUGAAUUCUGAACAUUCUUGUAUAAGCCAGACUGUAGGUAGGCCUAUAUUAUAACUCUAUUAUAACAAAAUGAACUGUCUAUUAAGGAAUCUACAAAAGGAUUGUGCUAAAUUAUUGAGAAAUGUUGCUUCCUGUAGACAUAAAUCUGAUAAUACAGCUGGUGGUGUUGGUGUAUCAGAACUAGAUAUUAGUGGUAUUUAUCCUCCAAUACCAACACCGUUCCAUCCAGAUGAGAGCAUUGCUUAUGAUCAGCUAGAGAACAAUUUUAACAUUUGGAAUAAAAUUCCUUUAAAAGGAUAUGUUGUUGAAGGGUCUAAUGGAGAAUAUACAUAUCUAUCACCUGAUGAACGUGUGGAGGUUGUUAGUAAAGCUGUAAAGUUGGCAGAUAAAGAUAAAUUAAUCAUAGCAGGCUCUGGUUGUGAAUCAACCAGAGACACAAUAGAAAUGACUAGAAAAAUGGCUGAUGCAGGGGCAGAUGCAGUAUUAGUGGUAACACCUUGUUAUUUUAAAGGGAGAAUGACCAAUGAAUCUUUGAUACAACAUUACACUAGGGUGGCAGAUACCAGUUCUAUACCUGUGAUAUUGUACAGUGUUCCUGCUAAUACUGGUAUUGAUUUAUCACCUGAAGUUAUUGUACAUUUAGCACCACAUCCUAACAUUAUUGGUAUGAAGGACAGUGCUGGUGAUAUCACAAAGCUUGCAAGCCUUGUAUUUAAAACUAAAAAUAAAAAUUUUCAAGUAUUAGCAGGCUCAGCAGGGUUUCUAUUACCAGCUUACACAGUUGGUUGUGUAGGUGGUGUAUGUGCAUUAGCCAAUAUACUGGGCAAAGAGCUGUGUCAGUUGGUAGAUCUAUUCCAUGCUGGAAGAUAUCAGGAGGCUUUAGAUCUCCAAUAUCGUUGUAUAGCUCCUAAUUCUGCAAUAACAAAGCAAUAUGGUGUUGCUGGACUGAAGAAAGCGAUGGAAUGGUUUGGUUAUUAUGGUGGACCAACAAGAUCCCCUUUAUUGCCUGUCUCACAGGCUGAAGAGAAAGUCAUACGCAACUCUUUUACUCAAAAUAACUUUUUAAAGAAUUAA